AUGUCGAUUACAGCGGAGUGGUCCCCCGAGAACCCCGUUCUCGCCUACGUGCAGGCAUUGAUAGAUACCAAAAAGACUCUUCCUUAUGGGCAGCCCGUGAUCGCUCAUGCCUCCGUCAAUCACACUGACUCGGCUUCAAUCCUGCGGCUGGCCGCAGAUAUCGGUCCCCACAUCGCCAUACUACAAAUUUCAGCCGACGCUAUCGACGAUUGGUCCAGCGAUACCAUCGAACAGCUUCAGCAUUUGUCCAGGAAACAUAGAUUCCUACUGUGGGAAGGAAGCAAGGUUUUGAACCCUAUGAUAAAUUUCAUGGGCAGAGCGGAUGCGCCGUUGGAAACGAGGCAAACAUUGGCAGACUUGAUCAAAAAGUCAUACACCAGCGGCCCAUUGAGGACGGCAACAUGGUCCAAUCUGGCCACCUCUUGGGCCCCCGCAGCUCCAGUCGACCAACAAGAAAAUGAUAUAUUGAUCCCCACCUUGAGAUUGGCAGCCCGCGAAGCAGUUACAACAACUGCAAAGAUAAUCCAGACUGAGAUCUCUGCUGAGACAAAUAACCACUUGUCGGGCGAGGACGUGGAAAUUUCUCUCCCUUCCGAGGAAACAAGCAAUGGUUGGAAAGAAUUCUAUUUGAACAGUACGGGAGCAGUAUUACGGAAAUCGUCAACCAUCUCAGUCACCACCGAGUCUGUGAUUCCGCAAGCACACGUUCACUCAGAUGACGGUGUCCCAAACGCCCCACUAUUGGCCCGCAGCAUCGUACUCUGUCUACCCAGCACCAUUGGAAACGCACUUACCCCUGAAUUCCGCCAAAGCACGAUAGUCGCCGCAUGUGCCAACUCCGACUUCGUCAUCGGUGUCGCAACGAGCGAACCCUUUUUCAUGAAUUACCGAGGAAACGAUAUCUUUGAUUUGGCAUUAUUUGACGGCAACGGAAAUCCCCAACUAGGCCUCAGCGCUGCCAAAAUCGCUGCUUUGCCUCAUCUCAACGAACAGCAAAAAGCGCUUGGUGUAUUCUCUCUUGUAUCGCCUAGUCUCAGCCUUGGCUUUGAAUUUGAUCCUACCGUCAAGGCUGACGGAAGUGGACCAUCUGACCCCGGCUCUGAAACUCCAUACCUUGCACAACACCUAUACCAUAUCGUCAGGCAGGCGGUAGCUAUUCGGGAAAAGAACCGAAAAGAGCAAGAAGCCAACGGUUGUGUAAAGCAACCGGUGGGCCCCAGAAUCAUACAUCUCCCAAUGGUUGUUGUUGCAUGA